CUCGUGCUCCCGCAGCGAACUCCCAUCGCCAGGAGCAGUAAGCCAGGGUCCACACUACUCGCCAAUCGGCCCUAGCUAGUUUCAUCCAUAACAGGGAUCUAGCGGCAGCGGGAUGUUUAAGGUUGAUGAAUCAGAUCCCGUUGGGGAGAUGGAACCAAGCUUUCCAUAUCGGGACGUAUCUAUACAGCGAGGAGUUGAAAUGAAACAAUUUUAUGACCUUGAAGGAGAGAUUGGAAGGGGCAAAUUUGGAACAGUUUACAAGUGUCGCGAAAAAAGAACUAACCUAGUUCUUGCUGCGAAAUUCGUUGGAAUCGCAAGGCGGCAGGACAGGCGCAAUGUUGAGAGAGAAGUGGAAAUAAUGCGCACUCUGCAACAUCCACGUUUAAUUCAACUCUACGAUGCAUUUGAGACGGACAACGUCAUGUGCGUUGUUUUAGAGCUCAUAGAGGGUGGAGAACUGUUUGAAAGAGUCAUAGGCGAUGACUUCAUAUUGACGGAAAAGGCUUGCACAGUAUUCAUGCGACAGAUUUGUGAAGGAGUCAACUUUAUACAUCAAAAUAAUAUUAUUCAUCUUGAUCUUAAGCCUGAAAACAUUCUUUGUCUGACAAAAACAGGAAAUAGGAUAAAGAUCAUUGACUUUGGGUUGGCUAGAAAAUACGAACCUGAUAAGAAACUCCAGGUACUUUUUGGUACACCUGAAUUUGUUGCACCCGAAGUAGUGAACUUUGACCAAAUAUCUUGCGCAACUGACAUGUGGUCUGUUGGUGUCAUCUGCUAUGUAUUGCUUUCUGGGCUCUCUCCUUUUAUGGGAGAAACAGAUGUUGAGACAAUGGCUAAUGUUACAAUAGCACGCUAUGAUUUUGAGGAUGAGACGUUUGAAGAAAUUUCUGCUGAAGCAAAAGAUUUCAUCAGUAAACUUUUAUUAAAAGAGAAGGAGGCUCGGUUAACAGCUGGCGAGUGUUUGUCUCAUCCUUGGCUUCGAAGAAAGAUACCACCUCCACCACCACUUCUAGAAAGUUCAAAGGAAAACUUAAAGAUUUAUGUUGACAAGCCUAUUUCAAUAAUAAAGAACAAUAUCAUUAUUGAGAAUGAUUUGAAUUCAAACCAUCAGGUUAUACAAAAAGACACUGAAAAUAACCAGAAAGUUGUCUGUCCCCAAAUUAUUUCAAGCUCUUUAACCAGUCCCAAAGUACAAGAGCACUUUGAAAGUAAAAAGAACAGUUCACAGUUUGUGAAAUCCAUUCAAAAUUUAUCUUUCAAAGAAAAUGAACCUGCAAGUAAUAAUCUUGAAGAAGGAAUGAUUUCGAAAAAUAUUCCUGAACUUACAACUAAAAACAAAAACUUAUCUAUUACUUCUUUGGUAAAAAAUCCAAAUGUAUUAAAUCAGUUUUCUAAUAACACAUUCACCAAAAACGAAAUGAUAGCAAGUACUAAGGAUUUAAAGAAAACCCAGGAAGAAUCUAAUCAAAUUUUGCAUCAUUUUGGUGAGAUGAAAACUCCUUUGCUUGAAAAAUCUCCGAUUAAAAACAAUUCAAUAAAAACUAUUGACCCAUUAGAAAACAAUGAUUCCAAAAAUAGCAGCUUUAAUGUUGAUAUUUCAACAGUUGAAAAUAAAUUAUCCAAACUAUUUAAAACAGAAGUGGUAAAAGAAAAUAUUGAUUCAAAGAACAGUAAAGUAAAUAUAACCAGCAAUUUGGGAUUGACUUGCACUGAAGCCAAGCAAAGUACAAGUACUUUAAAGGUUCAGAAUAAAAUUGAAGGAAGCCUAAUAAAUAAAAUCCGGCAAAUUCAUGAAGAACCAAAGAUUGAACCAUUUUUGAAAAGGUCAGGGGACAACAUUAUAUCUAAAAAUUCAUGUAACUUCAGUGCUAUGUCCUCAAAUGCUUCCUUACUUCAAAAUAAAAAAGACAAUAUUAAAAUAUUAUUGAAUAAUUAUCCAGAGGAAGAAUCAAUAAAAAUGUUUGAUCCCGGUGAAUUUUCGAACAAUAUACGUAGAAGUUCAUUCCGGUUAAUGGAAAAUGAAAACAUAGAAUCAUUAAACCAACUUGAAUGCCAUAAAGAAGAGUCAAAAUUAAAAGAAGGAGAACAUCUUCCUUUUAAACAACAUCUCAGAUCAAAUCCACCAUGGUUUAGUGAAUUGAACAAUAUAAACUUAAACACACCAUUAUCAGAAAGGAAUGAAAGGAGGUCUUCAGACUUCUCAUGUUUUUUGCACAGUAAAGAUGAUUCAGCUAGUUUAAAUUUGGCUGACGAGAUUAGAAAAUUGUCUGCAAGGUUAUUACAAAUGUCCUCAAGUCAAAAUCAAAAUAUUGGGAAUUAUUCCACAAGUAGUCCAAAUCCUCGAACUCGGAAUGACCCAAUCACAUGUUUCCUUGAGAAUCAUGGUAUAACUCACCCACGUCCUAAGUAUAAAUUUUCAAAUUUGAACAGAGAUGUCCCAAUAGGAUCUCCCCCACCUCCCAGCAACAUAGCCUAUUAUUUAAACAUGGCAUCUAGCCUUGAUAGAAAUGAUUCACAUUCAGCCCCUGGAAGUCCACGACUAUCACCUGAUAGAAGAAAUAUAAAAACUGAAGUUGAUAUUCCAAGUCAUUGUGUUGAAACAGAGCACAUUAGGCAAAUAUCAGAAGGGGGUACUUCUGCAACAACAGAUAAGCAAAAUGAACAAUUGAAUAAGGCAAAAAAGUCUAAUUUUCCAAGUUAGGUAAUAAUUACCACAUUGUUUUAUGUGAUUUUUGUAUCAAGAUUUGUUAAUUCCUUAAAAGUAAUAAUAAUUAAUUCUAAAGAUUCUUGGCUGUGGUCAAUAGCGAUUUACAGUAAUGUAAUCAUAAUAUUCAUUAUUUCUUAUUGUCAAAUUAUUUAUAUACUUUGAAAAGAACAUAUACUUGUAUAUUUUAUGGUCGUUAAUUUGAUUUAUUGUAAUUAUGUAUUUAUGGUAAAUAAUAAAUAAAUCUUUUAUCUUUUAA